AUGGGGGAAGAUAAAUAGAUGAGUAGAAGAGGCCAUCGACACACUCGCAGACUCACAGAUCGUACUUCUCUCCUGCGCCCAUGCUGUAGCUUAUCAGCCGGCGGACUCCACAUAGCAACCUCCCCUCUCUCCAUCUCUCCUUAUCCCAAACCCUCGGAGCGGAGUAGGAGUUCGAGAGGAGUGAUGAAGGCUUCGCUGAAGGGCCGAUACGAGGUGAACGAGAGCGCCAGCGCCGUGGCCACCUUCGCCAUCGAUGCCGGCGACGUCCGCCUCAAGGCCUCCAUAUCCGAUGCCACCUUCGUCCUCUCCCUCGAGAAGCCCGGCGCAUUCAUCCUCGACUGCCACCUUCCCACCAAGAUGUUCGGUUCCAGUUCAUGAAUUCGAUCCGGCUGAUGGAGAAUACGGUGAAUCUGACCUACACCCACGCGCCGAGGGACAACCGGGCGGCCCUCGAUGGUUCCGUUGCCCUUGAUUUCUCCAACAAGGUCUCCGUCAGCUACUCCUUCGGCACGCCUGGCGCCUGCAAGGUCAAGUACAUCUACGCACACGGGGAGCUUCGGCGGACUGUGCUGGAACCCUGUUAGGACGUGUCCAAGAACGCCUGGGACUUCGCCCUCACCAGGAAGUUCGAGGGGGAAGACUCCCUCGAGUCCACCUACCACACCACCAACAAGAAUCUCGGCAUCGAAUGGAGCAAGGACUCCAUUGUCAACGGCUGCUUCAAGGUACAAAAGCAUGACAGACAUCUGCACUGACAAUUGUUCAAUCUACAGCCAACCAGAUUGGUGCUUAAAGUGCCAUGAGACCAUUAUGUUAUAUGGUUAGUAGAAUGGAUUUUGAUGAAUUUGUCAGCUUUGGUGAUCAAGUAAAAGUCAGGUUGGUCACAUUGGAAGCAAUUAAAGUUUUUAUCAACUCUUAGUCUACUUCUCUUAUUCAUCUAAUUGGCAUCAAUUUGGGUCAGAUGCAAAAUCUGCAUGAUACAGGUCUGCACUGACAAUUGCUCAAUCUACAGCCGAGCGAGAGUGCCUUGACCUCUCAGCGAACGGGCUACACCACCAGGUGGCCCUUAGACAUGCACUGGUGAUCACAUCGUCAUGAAGGCGACAGAUUGGCAUUUAAACUGCCAUGAGAUCAUUAUAUUAUAUGGUUAACUUCUUUAAUUGUAACGAUAUCAAGUAUCUUGAUAAUUUGCUGCCCUUGUAGUUUCAUGUACCUCUUCGAAUCCUACCAUGCGUUUAUCUUUAUAGUGUAUUGUUCAAUUUAACUAGUCUCUUCAGCUCAAUUUUUCAUGUAUCUUAUCUUACAAACUAGAAGCUCCUUGUUCAUCAAAUAAUCAUCACCUCUGAAUUUUCAUGGUUUCUUUUUUUCUGCUUCUUAAAAGGUUAGUGUAAAAUUAACAAUAUGUUAGUCAUUUAAUCCACUUAUAUCUCUGUUAGUGUCGUACCGCCAUUCUCUUUAUUGUAUAACAGAUAUCUUGUUCUUUUAAUUUGCAUGUGAAAUGCCAUUUUACUGGUCUCAUGAUUGAUUUUGCUGUGCAGAUAUCUGCAACUGUCAAUUUAGCAGAGCUACAAAAAGUUCCAAAGUUGAUUGCUGACAGUACGUGGAAUUACGAGAUGUAAUAUGAUUCUUUUACUUGGAUGAAAUAUUGGGUAUUGUCGUAAAUACAUGUGCAUCAAUCGAGGGGAAGAACGACUCGGCGGCAGGUACGCGUAUGGUCCAUCAGUUCACGCUCAUUCCCACUCCAUCUCCAUUUUCUUUCCCUCUGUUUCCAAAUCGAGCAGUGUCGUAAGUACACGUAAUAAAACACGCGCUUUCCUUACGCCUACAAGAAUAGAGACAAACGUUUCCCAGCCGUUUCUCUUGCUUCAUCGGCCCCGCCCCGCCCCCGCGGGAGUUGCGGCCAAUGAGAAGGGCCUCUUUCCUGUUUGGUGCCUCGGCGGUGACCGAUUGAACGGAACCCUCACGCUGCUUGUUUUUGACGUGCCCCUAAGGGGUGAUGUCAGUCCUGUGGAACCUGACCGGCGUUUGGGUCCCACGCGUCGUCUCGAGGGCGCUUACUUCCAUUUAAGCAGCAAUUUCCAGUUCUAACGCCGCACUCGUUGACACGUCAUCGAGUAUGAUAUUCCCGUAACGAUUGGGUGUAAAGUUUAUUUGGCUCUUUGUGGAUGCCUUCUAUCCCCGCGUCGGACACUCUCUUAAAUGAAACCCUAGCUCAGAUCUCUCUCUCACGUCGUUGCCAAGUCAAGCUCCUACUCGCCACCGUCUCGCCCCUCCUCCCGCUCUGCAUCGCUGCUCGUGUGGUGUCCACGUGUCGCGAUUAAAGCUUACCCUCAAUGCCCAUGGGCUCGCCCAAGGAAAAGAGGACGACGGGCGCCAGCUCCGCCUCCACCUCCUCCAAGGCCCCACGAGAGGCGGCGCCGCCGGCAACUGCACUGGUCCCCCCCGAAUGGUCCGCCUCCUUUCAGGCCUUCUACGACCGGGGAGCCGCCGCUGCCGCCGUGAUGCCCCAGGCUUUCUAUUCCCCGUCACCCAUCGGAACCGCGCAGCCUGUCGUUUGGGGAGCUCAGCAAGUGAUGCCGCCCUACGGCAGUCCGAUUGCUUACGCUUCGUUCUAUCCGCAAGGGGGUUUUUAUGCUCAGACUCCGAUAAAUGCGGGCGUGGCUUUUCGAACCCAGGAAACUGAAGGGAGGCCGACAGAGGCGAAGGACAAUCAGCCGACGAGCAAGAGGACUUCCAAAAUUUUAGACGGAUCACCAGGAAAAUCAGGGAAUGAUGGUAAAGGGGCCUCUGGUGCUGGUGAGAAUGCCUCGCAGAGUGAUGACAGUGAAACAGACGGGUCAUCAGAUACUAAAGAAGACUAUGACCAACCAAAGGAACAUUCCCCAAACAGAAAAAGAAGUUAUGGAAAUACAACUGAAGGUGAAGGUUCUCAUUCCUUUGACACUGCUGGUAAUAGCGGUACUGCUGGAAGAGUGCGGACUGCCAAAAAGCUUCCAGUCUCAGCCCCAGGACGAGCAGCAUUGCCUGGUCCUCCAACUAAUUUGAAUAUCGGGAUGGACUUUUGGGGUGCUUCCCCUGCUGGAUCUGUACCUACAAAGGACGAACGUGACCUGAGGCGGGAGAGAAGAAAACAGUCUAAUCGGGAGUCUGCCAGGAGGUCAAGGUUAAGGAAGCAGAUGUUGGAUAGAGCCCAUUAUGCGUUUUACUCGGUUGUUGAGUAUCAUCUCUGUUAUAACUGUCAAUAACGAUUCAAAGGGGACUUUUACACAGCAAGAAUGUGAAGAGUUGGCAAGGAGAGUGACUGAUUUGAACAAUGAGAACAGCGCACUCAGAGUAGAACUUGAAAACCUCCAGAAAUUGUGUGGGGAACUGGAAGCUGAAAAUAAAUCAAUCACG